AUGGUGUGGGAAGGUUGCGUUGGGCAGAAGGUCAAACUUACUGAAUUACAGAAGAAAUUCAAUGGGCCUAAUGGCCUAUUCAAGCUCCUACUUUUUAUGUUAAUACGUCUGAAAGCCGUUUCGACCUCGAGAGAGGGUCAGGUAGCCGGCGUCAGUGAUGUUCGAGUGCUCGAAGCCCGUAGUGAUGUCCUGCGAGUGUCUUGGGUCGGGGUUCCCGAAGCCACGUCUUACCGCAUCAGUUGGAAGCGCAGUGAUGGAGGACCUGAGAUCACUAGAGUUGUACCCGGAGAUGUAACGACAUUUGAUAUUGCGGAUUUGCAAGGCGGAGUUAAUUACCUCGUGAAAGUUGUUGCGUUGAUCAGAAAUCGAGAAGGACAGCCUGUCACAAUAACAGCAACCACCCCUGCUGUUGAACGUCCUCUGGGAACAGUUCAGGGUCUCCGCAUCAUCGGUUCAACGACCAAACGGAUUCAGAUCACUUGGAGUAGUGUGCCAGGAAGCUCUGGAUACAGAAUCCAAUGGAGACUGGCAGAAGGUGGCCCGGAGACCACUCGGCUGGUUACAGCAAACACUGACACGUUUGACAUCUUGAACCUGCAGCCAGGGAUGAGCUACGUCAUUCAAAUCUCCUCACUUUUCGGGAACCGUGAAGGGACCCCUACAACCAUUACAGCUGCUACAGCUCAGGCUGCGAGGGUGCAGGAUUUCCGAGUGACCGAUGUCGACCUUGGCAAAAUGACGCUGGGCUGGUCCCGUGUUCCUGGAGCUACCAGCUACAUCCUUUCUUGGAGACUCGCUACCUCACAAAAAGACGAGCAAUCUGUCACUAUACCAGAAACAAUCAGUACCUACCAGAUCACCGACUUGCAACUUGGGAGAGAGUACGUCUUCACAAUCCGGCCAGUGUUUGGAACUGAAUUUGGACCUGAAACGUCCAUUACAGAGAAACCUGUGUGCAACAGAGCACGAGCUGACAUCGUGUUCCUGGUCGAUGGCUCCUGGAGUAUUCAAGAAAACAGCUUUCAGAAAGUGAAACAGUUCCUGUACAAUGUGGUCUCUUAUCUACCCCGCAUUGGAACCGAUGCCACUCAGGUGUCAGUGGUUCAGUACAGCGAUGAGUCCAAAAUUGAAAUUCCACUUGGCCGAUUUGGUACCCAUCGGGAGCUGCUCCAGGCCAUAAGAGAACUUCCGUACCAAGGCGGUGGGACUCAAACAGGGAAGGCGAUCAGUUUUGUCCUGGAUUAUGUAUUCCGCCAGGCAGCUGGGAGACGCCCUGGUGUGCCAGCCCUGCUGGUUCUGGUGACGGAUGGGCGCUCAGAUGACGGAGUUACAGAAGCUGUCAGGAGGGCAAAGGCAGCAGGCAUCCAUCUGUUUGCUGUUGGUAUCGGUGACGCGGAUAUUAACGAACUGCAGAGAAUCGUUACCGGCAGAGACCCCAACAACAUUGUGUAUGCAGAGAACUUCAACUCACUCACUCAGUUUGAAGGGGCUCUGGCCAACGUAAUCUGUGCAGCUGCUAGCAGACCAGUGAUGCCAACACCAGGCCAUUGUGUUACCCAGUGCCCUCAGAGUGAGAAAGGGGAACCAGGAAGAAAUGGUUCUCCUGGACUGCCAGGCCCUCAAGGCCCAGUGGGUCCAAUCGGACCACCAGGGAUCCCAGGGACCAUAAACGGAGGGAGCAGAGGGUCAAAGGGCGAGAAAGGAGAUCCGGGAUACCCAGGAAGAGACGGCCAACCAGGAACGCCAGGCAGACCGGGUCAUCCAGGCUCAACGGGACUGCCAGGGAGCCAAGGUACCCCAGGAUUGAGAGGAGAGAGGGGGGAGUCCGGUAUACCAGGACGAACUGGGCCUCCAGGUCCAAAGGGAGAAAAGGGUGAACCCGGCACACACAUUACAACUGGCGGAGGCUAUCCUGGCAGGAAGGGCGAGCCGGGUAAUCCAGGCGCUCGUGGUCCACCUGGGUUUCCUGGACAAAGAGGUGACAAUGGGUCCCCUGGUCAAGUCGGGCCACAAGGUCCGAUCGGCCCACCAGGACCUCCUGGGAGGUCUAUCAAGGGGGAAAAGGGCGAACCAGGUGAGAGAAGUUCGGUAGAUGGAGCAGGUCAGAAAGGAGAGCCGGGCCACCCAGGAAGUCCUGGUGAGUCUGGUAGUCCAGGACCAAGAGGACCUCCUGGGUCAACAGGACAGAAAGGUGAAAAGGGCAACGCAGGUGAAGGUUUCUCAGGACCACCAGGCCGCCAAGGAGAACCAGGUGACCGGGGUCCCAGAGGAUCUCAGGGUGAACAGGGUGACAAGGGUGACAGAGGCCAGCCAGGGGAGACUGGUUUGCCAGGAUCCAGGGGAGAGCGGGGCCCUCCAGGACCAUUAGGACCUAAGGGAGAUCGAGGACUAAUCGGACCACCUGGUGUGCCAGGAUCAGUCGGGUUGCCAGGUCCUAGUGGUCCCAGAGGUGAAAAGGGAAACGAGGGGAGACAAGGAGAACCAGGGCGGUCUAUCACUGGCCCACCAGGAAGCAAAGGUGACCGGGGCGAGCGUGGACCACCAGGAAUCCCAGGGGAGAAGGGAACAAAAGGUAGUCCAGCAGAGAAAGGCAACAAGGGUGAGACUGGAUAUGGUAUCCCAGGGCAACCAGGACCCAAAGGUGAUCCAGGUGAAAGGGGGAAUAUUGGGCUUUCUGGGAGACCAGGAGAAAAGGGAGAUCGAGGACAAAGUGGAGAGAAAGGGGAGCCUGGCAGAAUGGGACUGCCUGGACCAAGCGGACCCCGUGGGAAAGAGGGUGAAAAGGGGAACAAAGGCGAUGAAGGGACACCGGGAGAGACUGGAUUACCAGGGCGGACUGGCGAGAGAGGACUUCGAGGUGUCCCUGGAAUUGAUGGUGCCCCAGGAGUGAAAGGAAAUGCUGGUGAACCAGGACGGGCUGGAAGAGAUGGGAUCAGGGGUCCUGCAGGAUCAAAGGGAGACCACGGCGAUAGGGGAGAGAAAGGAACUCCAGGACCUCCCGGACCUCCCGGAAAACUGAUCAAUUUGGAAGACAGAAUACCAGGAGUUAAAGGAGAAAAGGGUGAUCCUGGCAAGCCUGGUGAAUCUGGGUUGAGAGGUCCCAGAGGGGAGACUGGCCUCCCCGGCCUAACAGGUGAUCGAGGUUUGGAAGGUCAAAGAGGUCCCCCAGGCCCACAGGGAGAUCAAGGUCCAAGAGGAUUCCCAGGGGAAAAGGGUGACCGAGGACCACCAGGGCUGGAUGGCAGAAGUGGGCAAGAUGGGAAGAGUGGUCCACCUGGGCUAUCUGGAUUGAGGGGCGAGCAAGGGAAACAAGGGGAAUCUGGCAGAGACGGUUUGCCCGGCCUGAGGGGAGAACAGGGACCACCAGGAGCAGCAGGCCCUCCCGGCUUGUCAGGAAGUCCAGGUAAACCGGGGGUUGAUGGAAAGCCGGGACUUCCUGGAAAGAAUGGAGAGAACGGGAUUCCAGGAGAGGAUGGAAAGAAGGGCGAGAAAGGUGAUCCAGGAAACCCUGCAAGGGAUGGUCGAGACGGUGCUAAGGGUGAUCGUGGAGAUGCUGGACUGCCAGGACUCAUUGGUCCACCUGGGCUUCCAGGUGUGAUCGGACCUCCAGGACCACCUGGGCAGGUCUUAUUUUUCAAAGGGCUUGAACCAUCCUCCCCAGUAGCAGGACCGCCGGGACCCUCAGGAACACCGGGAAUACCAGGUAUCCCAGGAGCCUCAGGGCAACGUGGAGAGAAGGGAGACGUUGGUGCCAAAGGCCAGAAGGGUGAAAGUGGUUUGGAUGGGAAGCCAGGAGCACCAGGGACAGCUGCUCAUGUCGAAGACGCUCUAUCAAACUUUGGGCUCAAGAUUUCAAUCCUGCAGGAUAUAGUGAAACACCGCGAUGAUAUCCUACAUCCCAAAGAGAUGGGGAAGAAAGGAGAGAAAGGUCACCCAGGGGAACAAGGCCAACAGGGGUCAAAGGGUAACAUUGGAAUGCCCGGCGAAAGAGGGUUUAAAGGGGACAAAGGAAGCCAAGGCCUCCCAGGGCCCCAGGGACCACCAGGCCUUGCAGUGUCAGAACGAGGUCCUGAAGGGCCUCCAGGUAGACCAGGUGAACCAGGAAAACCAGGUAUCCCGGGACUGCCAGGCCGGGCUGGAGAUAAAGGAGAACCUGCGCAUCCUGGAGAGAGGGGGGAGAAAGGGGCAAAAGGCGACCGGGGUGACCCCGUGAGUAUUGAAGAUCUAUCAAUGUGUUACAGACUGCAUUGCACCUUGAGGUUACUCACUGGUGACUGUACUGACCGUUUGUGA